GAAAUUAUUAAUUAUUUACCAUUUAGCUACAAUAUUUUACAAAAGCUUGCAUUAGCAAUGUCUUUAUAGUAUUAGAUCUUUUAUAUUGUAAAUAAAUGUUGUGUUUUAUUUAAUUAUAAGCAAAGCUUCGUUGUGGGUCAUGAAAAUGGAACCGUUCCAUAAAUGCAGAUUGUGUCUUAAAAUUGGAGAUUUUUGCUCAAUUUUUGAAAAAGAUGAUACCACAAAACUAUCAGAGAUGGUUAUGUCUUUUGCUAACGUACAAAUACAUGAGGGGGAUGGCUUGUCAGACCGUGUGUGCACAUCUUGUAUUGAAAAUUUAAGCACAGCAUACUUAUUUAAACAGCAAUGUGAAAGAAUAGACUGCUUAUUGAGAAAGUUUCCAGAUAUCAGUAUUGACAAGUCUGAUAUUGCUGACUACAAUGAUUUAUAUAACAAGGAAUUUCAAAUGCAUACUGAGUAUGUUACUGGCGAAAAUGAUGAAAAUUCUGUUAAGGCUGAAAAUUUAAAUGCCACCUUAAGUACAGUCUGUGAGAUGAGUGAUGAAACAGACAGCGACAUGGAUUCUAUUAAAUGUGUGUAUUGCAGUCAGUCUUAUGGCCACUAUGGUGCUCACACGUGCCAUGUCACUUGUACUAUUGAACACAACAACCUACAACAGAGCGAUAGCAGCGAGACGUUGGUGGCAGCAGACUUGACGCCAACGAAAUCCUUUCAACCAUCAUCCCCUGUGAGCAAUGUUUCUGAAGAUUUGAAUGUUUCUUGUGUCCUCUGUGAUGAGAAGUAUAACAACUAUGAGGACUAUGUUAUACACUUGAACAAAUGUUUAACCAAUGUUAAACUGCAUCACUUUGUGUGUCCGGUGUGCCAUGACAUGUUUUCUGACAAACUGAUGUAUUUGGAACAUUUGAAAGUAGCCCACUUUAAGGUGGAGGACUCCUUCAGUGACCCGGGCCAGGACUGUGUAGAUUUUGCUCCAAUAAUAAGAAAAGAAAGUAAACCCAAAGCCGUGCGACGCAUCGGUUGGUCUAUUGAUGACAUAUAUCAAGAAAUUGAAUGCACAAAAAUUGAGCAAAAACCUCUUCACCAGCCGAGCCCAGUGCCUACAGCGAGUCCUAUAAAAAAUUUCUUCUCAAAAUUGGGGAAUGAAUCUUUCAGUCGACAGAGUACCCCAAAGAAAGUGAGCUUUAGAAAAUUUAUUGAAAAUGGAAAAGCAAAAACUGCUGUGUACCUGCCCUUCAAGAAGUAUAUUCAGAACUACAAACUUAAGAAAAAAGUUGCCACUUACAGCCCAAUUAAUUCCAAAACACAAGUGACUAGCACAAUUCAAGCUACAUUCCCGGAAUUUGUCUCAGAUAGUGAAUAUGGAUCACCCAGUGGUACCUCAGAAGAGUCUUGGAAGAUGAAACAGAACUUAAUAUGUGCUUGCGAUAAGAAAGUUUUUAUGCUAUCUGAGAAUAUUCAGGAUCGCGAUCGUAUAGUGGCAAUGAUCAACGAGUUGGGCGGAGUGGUGGCGGAAAACACGAAGAUGGAAAUGCUGGCCACGCACUUCAUAUCCGUGCUCCCCGAAGACACGUUCACUGGCAUGAUGGUGUGCGCCCUCGCCACGGGCAAGUGGCUGCUGCAUAUCACCUUCGUCUACGACAGCUUCCGGUGCAAAAAGUUCUUACAGGAAAAUAUGUAUGAAUGGAUGAGGCAUCCUAAACUCGUAGAAAUAGAUAACACCAGCAUCGAAGUGGCGAAAGCGGCUGUGUAUUGGCAUUCCGAGCUCCGAGACGACGCUCAGUACCCAUUCCAAGGGAAACAGGUUGUGCUGAUUAUGAAGAAAAAGUACAGGCAGUACUAUCAGAUGAUUUUCAAAACGCUCAAAGCGAAACCGGUUACAUACGACCCAAGGACUCCGGGGAGUUGCUGCUCGGCAGAUUACUGUUUCGUCGAUAUGAAGAUCAUCGAGAGAGUCAAGUUGAGAUUCUUCUUCCAUCACAAAGUGCCAGUUUUUCCCUACCAGUACAUUCUGGUAUACCUCUUAAAAAGAGGUCGUGUCAAUGAUGAACACAAAUAUUUACUACAAGACUUAUCGAAUAUUAACGAUAAAAAUAAUUAUUUCAACAACACAUAUUAAUUUUUAUAUCUUUAUUCUGUAAUUGAAUUUUUAAAUCUAAAUUGUUAAGAUAUUUUUAAUUCUAUUGACUGAUAAGUGGGCC